UCCAGAUAUUUAUACAAAUUCUUCUAGGUUUUAAAAAAGUAGAUCUUAAUUUCUAAACAGUAUGAUACGCACUUUAUCGUAGAUAUUUUAUAUGAUUUACAAUAUCGCCAAAAAGGGGUUUUUUGAAAAGAUUUAGAUCGAGAAGGGGGGUCGAGAGGUAAAACAAAAAAUUCUCAAAACCGCAGUCGCGUGUCGGGAAUCGUGUUACAUCUAGAUCUACGACGCUGCAGUUCAGUUCAGUAUUUCAGUAAGCGCCGUGACACCCGUGGCGCAUGUUGUAUCGUUCGUGUGCGCGAAACUUGCAAAAUCCUGCGGGUCUGUUCAGUUCUGCAGAUCGUGUGCUUGCGACCAUUUGUCACGCGAUUUCCUUCUGAAUCAAUUCCUUUGAUCAUCCACGGAUUACUCCAAUUAUUUUUUUUUUAUCUUGUCUCCCAAAGUACGAUUAUGGUGCUAGAUGGGUGCUGAUGGACAUUUUCGUGUCACGUUGUCCCUCAGGAGGGAACCGGCUGCCGGUCCAGUUUACUGCAAGGAGGAGACAUCGGCGAGGUUUAGACAGCUGAAGACCGUCAAGCUGAGCUGCGAAGCUACCUACAGGCUGGACAUCAGCUUCAAACCACCGCAACUGUUGGAGGGGACCUCGAGCUCCCGUGCCCCCUUCCUUAUGCCCGCCAUGGAUCUACAAUCCGUUCGUCACUCUUGAACUGCAGGAAAUCCAUACUAGGUGAACGAGGG